GGUAGUGUGUAUUGUAGUGUAGCGUACGCAUGCGCGAAGACCUUGCGCAUGUGUGCUGCAAUUUGGGCAGGAGCUGUUGAUGGAAUAGUGAGAACGCCGGGUGCACGCAUUUUCACCGGGGCUGUCAUCCGCUUUGAGGGGCUUUUCUCCAAAAGAUCGACUUUCAGUUUCCUUUUUCACUGAGUGCUGUUUCCAGAAAUGGGGCUGCUGUCAGACCCCAAUCGGAGGAGGGCGCUCACCACGCUUCUCACCCGUCUCAACACGCCUCUCUGUGUAGUGUGCUACCUGGCAGGUGUGGCCUGGUUCAUGGGCCUGGCUUUUCAGCCUUUCACUCUGCGCACGUACAUGUCUGAGAAUGCCAUGGGCUCCACCAUGGUGGAGGAGCAUUUCCCAGCCGGGGAGAGGGCCCUGGCCAUGGGCAGAGAAUUUGCCGCUCACAAGAAGCAGGCAGGCGGGAUGCCUGUGGACUGGCUGGUGAAAGCGAUGCAGGCUAAGGGCCUGGAGGUGUUCACUCAGACAUUCUCACGCACUCUGCCCUUCCCAGAUGAGAACAAGGAACGCUACAUGGUACGUGGCACUAAUGUCUAUGGCAUCCUCCGGGCCCCCCGCGCCCCCCGUACAGAGGCCCUGGUGCUUAGUGCCCCCUGCAGUCCACAGGGCAAUGAGCAGGCUGUGGGUCUCCUACUGGGCUUGGCACAGUACUUCAGAGGUCAGGUCUACUGGGCCAAGGACAUCAUAUUCCUGGUGAAUGAACACGACCUGAUUGGCAUGCAGGCUUGGCUGGAGGGCUACCACCACACUAACAGCACUGGGAUGAGCUGGACGCCUCUGCACGGCAGAGGGGGCUCCAUCCAGGCCGCCCUCACGCUGGAGCUCAGCAGUGACGUCGUCACCAGCCUGGAUCUGGUGCUCGAGGGUCUCAAUGGUCAGCUGCCCAAUUUGGACCUGGCCAACCUCUUUUAUGCUUUCUGUCAGAAGAUCAAUGUGCUGUGCACCAUCCAGGGCAAGCUGCAGAGGAACGACUGGGACAGUGUGGCAGGAUACAGCCACGCAGUGCAGACCAUGCUGCUGAUGGUGCUGAAGCAGGCAAGCGGGCGGCCCUGGGGCGACCACGGCCUCUUCCUGCGCUACCACAUCGAGGCGGCAACCAUCCGGGGGAUCAACAGCUUCCGGCAGUACAAGACCGACGCCACCACUGUGGGCAGGCUCAUAGAGGGAAUGUACCGUAAGCUGAAUAAUCUUCUGGAGCGCCUUCACCAGUCCUAUUUCUUUUACCUGCUGCCCUCCUUGUCGCACUUUGUGUCCAUCGGAUACUAUAUGCCAGCUUUCGGCCUGCUGAUUCUCAUCCCGUUACUCCGGGCUCUUGACCUGUGGGUUCAGCUGGAGGGUGCAGCACCAUCAGCCGUGGAUGGCUUGGUGGAAGGAGAGCAGCCUUCCAGCCCUGGGUUUCUGUCAGUGAUGACCCCGGUGGUCAUUAGCCAUCUCACAGGGGUGGCUUUGUACACGCUGCCUGUUCUGGCCCAGCAGGCUGCUGUGGAGCACUUCCCUGUGUCGGAAACCGAGGCUGUGGUGCUGACGGCUAUCGCCAUCUACACUGCUGGCCUGGCGCUUCCGCACAACACGCACAGGGUGCUGUCUGGUCAGGGCACAGAGGAAGGCUGGCGUGUCCUGAAGCUGGUGGCAGUUCUCUACAUGGCUGUUCUGUUGGCCUGCACUGCCCUCAUCAACUUCUCCCUGGGCUUCAUCCUGGCCCUCACACUAGUUCCCGUAGCAGCCUUCAUCACUCCCCACGUGCCCAGGGUGCCGAGCGCCAUGGCCAUGGUUCUGUUGAGUCCCGCCUGCACGCUCCUCUUCUCCGUGUUCGUCUACCAGGAGCUACAGGAAAUGCCGGUCUCCCUGCUGGAUGGCUGGAGCCUCUUCCUGUCCGUCAUCUCGCAGGGCAUCCUGGACCAUAACCUGUACGGCUCCCUGGUUUACCCCCUCAUCUCCCUCUUAGUCUACCCCUGCUGGCUGCUUCUCUGGAACAUUCUCUUCUGGAAAUAGACCCGCGGGGGGGGGGCGGCCGCGAUCUGAGGAGGGUCCGGGGCAGAGCUGAAUCUGCUGAGGGAUGGUGAGCAGGGGGGGAGCCGGUAUCAGGUUUGCUUUUAUGUGAAACUGGGGUUUCCCAGGCAUGCUUUUGGCCCUGAGUACCUGUUUCAUUUUGUGGUAAAGAUGCAAGUUAAGAAAAAAAGAAAGACCUUCCAGCAAGAUGCCCUAUACUGGAAUUUCACUGAAGAUAGGACAGGAAAUGAGGGAACGGAAAUUAAAUGACCACGCGGUGGCGCAUUUUAAUUGUGACAAGGACGUUUUACUAAAAAAUAAAGUGGGCUGUUACUCUG